UUAGUUCGAAACCGAUGUACCCAACCGUUGACGCCUCCCCAUGGGUUUGGCUGCCACUUGCGGAGAACCCAUCACUCACUUGUCAGGAUAGCCUGAGUACUGGUGUCGUCUCGCAGACCAACGAGCCAAUCUCUUACCGCGGACCGCACUGUAUCCGACGCCAUGGAAUCAAGGGUAUCCCUCUCUAAUUUACAAUGGUCAAAAACUAAUCGACCUCUUGCCUUUAUCGAAGGGGGUUAUCGGGAACUUUAUGAUAUGACAGCGGUGCAGCUGAGAUCCAACUAACUGGAAGGGAGGGUGAUCAUCGAGGCCAAGAUCUUCAUUUAACGCCAUCAAUGUCACAUUGCUUUUUUCUUCUCUUUUUCCUUCUAUUUUCUCCGACUUUCAUUACUCGUUUUUCUUACCAUCCAUACCACCCUUUCGACGUUACUUUGAUCGACAAUGGCGGAUGCAGCGGUGCCGGUGUUUUUUGAGCUCAGCUGGUCUAUUUUGAUGACCAUCUGCAUGGGAAAUGUCCUGCUGGGAUGUCUCGUCUGCGGUAUCACCAACUGGACGCUCCUCGCCGCUGUGCCCAUGUUGUCGUCAGCGGCGGGAGCUGUCGCCAAUGGAUUGUGCUACUAUGUGUAUUACCAGAAGCAUCCUGCUAUGAUGCUUGCGAUCGCUUCGGUGUUUGCUGAUAUUUUCUGGCUGCUGCAAGAAGCCGGUCUUCUUUUCUACAGUUACAUCAUCCUGAAACGAGUCCUUCGAGGAACGCGAUGGAGGGUCUUCAUGUCGCUUUUCUGGUCAGGCAUCGCCGGCAUUUGUGUCGUUCGCGUCGUCAUCAUCACCUUCCGAGUCCGAUCAAUCCUCGCCGGCAAUGAGGAUCUCUUGGCUACCAUUAACCAUAUCCACAUCGCCUACUUCGGUCUCAUCGCGUCGCUCGAAUGUCUCAGCGCAUACUUCCUCAUCGUCCUUUUCACAUCGGCCAAGACUUCAUCUGCCGAGAUUGCGCGCAAUGGUGGUCUUUUCCAAUACUUGGCUCGAAGCACAGAAAUGAGAGUCGCUCUUCUGGCUCUGCAGGGCACACUUCGCGCAGUGACGCAUUCAUUCAAGACGGCUGGUCAGACAGCGGAGAACAUUGCUACCCAGCUGGACCGAUUCUUCUACGCCGUCUUCUGUCUGUACUCCAUGGUGUUAUACAUCGAUCUUCUCUCUUCCAAACUCAAGUUCAACGGUACCCAGGAUUACCCCUCCUCUCGCGAUCGCUAUGUCCAUCAGAGCAGCCAACCUGGUCGCUUCACCUCAACCCAGAAGGAUGACUUUGCCCAAAAUAGAACAGAGCAUGUCGUCGGUGUUGAUGGCGGCACACGCACUCACAAGACACGAAAUGAUUCUACAGAUCAUAUCAUUGAGGGCGGUUCCUCACAAGGCGAUGGGUCAAUUAACCUGGAGGACAUGGACCUCAAGGGUAAUGUUAUCAAGAAGACAGUCGAGUUCAGAGUUGUGUAGACUAUUUCUCAUUUUCGUUGGGCGUGUUGAAGAUACCAGAUGUAAUGUUUAGUUCAUUUUCAAUCUCAUUUUGUAGUAGUUAGAUAGCGUAUCUCAAGAUUAAUGAUUGUUGAUGAUAA